ACAAAACAAAAGACCAAAACAAGGAAAAUGCUGACAGUUCCUCAACAAUCCAGGAACAUUUCUUUCUCGGUGAGCGCUAUACUUACUGGGGCUUAACGAGCAAUGAUGUUGCUGAUGGUUCAACAAAAUUCCAAUUUCCUGAUGACGUUACAAAAUUCGUUAAAAUUGUUUCAAUGCAAUCUGAACUCAUUGCGCUUGCUGAUAAUGGAAAGAUUUAUGGUUGGAGUUGGGAGAUCGAUUCGAAGCCAGACAAUUCUCCACAUGUUGCGAACGACAUUCUUUUUUCAUCCAUAGAUAUAGAAGGAGAAGGCGAGGCUGACUCCAUUUCAAAUAUCGAAUCUUGUGGUCUUCGCGCAGCUGUGCUUUCCAAAAGUGGCCUUGUUGGAUCAUUUGUGGACAUCUCUUGUGGCAGUAGACUGGGCCGUAUACUUGCUGAAACGCCUAUUGAGAUGCCUGAGCCAGUGGACAAAUUGCUCUGCUGCACGCUUUAUAGUGCUGUGUUGACAAAAAAUGGAAAUAUAUUUUGGAGAGGAAUUUACCCAUUUAAUGAGCGUAGGAAGAUUUGGGAAAAAAUACGCGCCCGCAAAAAACAAGUCACUUUUGAAUCGUGUGGUUCCGAGAUUGUUGUUGGAAGCGAGGUACGCACAAAAUCUACUCCAAUUUAUUCAUUUGGUUCAAUUGCUGUCAACUUUAGUCAAGGAAUUCCAAUGGAUGCAUGGACUUUAAAUGAGACUUGUCGUUUCCGUGUUUUUGGAAGUGCGAAUGCUUAUGACAACUAUAAUGGUGAGAAACUUCAACAACAAAAGGAGAAACGUGUUUCAUUCAAUUUAGCUGGCAAUCGUAAAAGAAAUGCUCCUUCAGCGCAAGCCGAGAACGAACAACGACAAUCAUCAACAACUUCUCAACCCUUGACCGGUUCUGGUUCAACCUCUGCAAAUAAUAAUUCUGAUUUUGCUGGGAAAGAAAGUGCAUGGAACCUGAAGGAUUGUAUAUUUAUUCAUGAAGAGGCUGUUAAUGAUACAAGCAUUGUUAAAAUUGUCGAUGGUGCUUAUUGUGGAAUUGUUUUCAAAUCUACAAUGGAAAAACUUGAAUCUGAACCAUCCACAGAUUUAAGCAAAAUGGGCAUUAGACUCAUGCGCAAAGAUGAUUUAGUUCUAGUUUCUUCCUCAUCGCGUGGUUCAAGAUCUCCAGAAAAUUUUCAAAUGCAAUUUAAACAAAUUCGUCUACCUUCCUCUGUUAAACAAGUUUUAUCUGUUGCGGUUGAUUUGACAGGAUUUCGUGUUUUGUGUGAAAAACAGUCACGUGUCCAUUUACUUCGGAUUAGUUGUGUUGGCAAACUUUUAAGUGAUCAUCCUAUCCCAGUCAAUUUUGGAGCAUUAACACAAAAUAAAAAAGAUGACUCCUAUGAAUGUAUGACUACAGUUCAAAACUUUGGGGAUGAAUCAAUUUUACUGUUAAAUGAUGGCUUUGGUGGCGGCUUUCAACCUCUUUUACGGAACAUAUCUGGUGGAUACAAACAAUUAUCUUAUACUGGUCUAGGCCGAAUUCUUCAAUAUGGAAUGGGUAUAAGAUAUUUUGCAUCGUCUGGUGAAAUAAAGAGUGCAAGUAUAUGUUCGGAACAAAUUAGCGUUGACAAGAAGAACAACAGCUUGAAUAAAAACGCCAAUCGUAUUCUAUUGAUGGUUGCUUUAGUUUCUCCGAGCCCUGAAUGUACACUUCCUGAUCAUGGAUCGCUUAUGCAGGCCAUACUUUUCUGUCAAUUGGACGUCGUUAUUGCUAUUCUCAAAAAGCUUUUAAAUUCCCCAAUUGAAAGUCAGCCUGCUAUCGUUUGUGAACAAAUUGAAGGGAAUCGAAAUAUUUUCCAUGUUGCCGUUCAAAAUGCUUACAGCAGAACAAAUGCUGACCAAGCUGAUGUUGAUGCUACUGAUUCACGUUUAUCAACAGCCUCUCAAAAAUCUGACACUGUCGAGGCGGAUGCUGUUAAGACACGUUAUGAACGCAAAUGGCAAGAAAUGAUAAGUUCAGCACCAACAACACGAGCAAAAGCGCAUCAACAACAGCAACUUUUAAACGAACUAACUUCUGAAAUUAAAAAAGAUUCUUCCCCUGAAACGGGCAAAGAUGAGCCGGAAAGUGCUGAAUCAUCUGAUCUUAUCAAUAAAAGGAUUCCUAUAGCUGCCAAGGAAAGACAAGCCAAUUCAAUUGAAAUAAUUCGUGAAUUGUGCAAAAACUCCGUAGUACGUGAAUAUUUUAUUGAUUUAAUGCGACAACGUGACAUCAAUGGGCAUAGUCCAUUUGAGACUGCGAUAUAUCAGCGAGCGUAUUCAGCUGCCCAAUUGAUGUGGCAAACUGCAAUUGAUGUUAAGGACUGGAGUCAAGAUGUUGUUGAUAUAUUAAUGCCAAGCGUUGGAUCUAACGAUACAAAUGAAGAUUCUUCACUUUUUAUUCUUUGUGCUAAUGAUACAUGCAGUUACACUUGGACAGGCGAAGAGCAUACACCUCAAAAAAUUUAUGAAUGCAAAACAUGUGGACUUGUAGGGACUCUUUGUUGUUGUACUGAAUGCGGUAAUAUUUUCUCUAUGUUUUUGUAA